CAACUCAUCUGCUUGAGGAGAUUCUGUUGUAAUGUAUCCAGUGGCUGUUCCUGCACCAGGAGGUGAAGGAAAUAAUGGACAACAUGGGAAACUUAUCUUUUUCCUUUUUGUUUUUGGAGCUGUGUUGCUCUGCGCUGGAUUUCUGCUUUCAGUCUUUAUUCUCCAGUCAUGCCCAUCUGGAACCUUCAGUGACUGUAACGGGCUCCUUAAGGCCACUGGGCCCGUGCUGGCUGUGACUGGACUGGUUUGUGUUUUACUGGCACGAUCAAGGGCCAGGCUGUAUAUAAGACAAAGACAAUUGCAAAAUGAGCAGGUGUACAGCCUUGUUUUUUGUCGCGGGAGCUGUCAGUUUGCCCAGUUUCUCAUAUUUGGAUUCCUGUUUUUAACUAGUGGAAUGCUAAUUAGCAUCCUGGGCAUUUGGGUUCCUGGCUGCAGCCCCAGCUGGCACAGCAUACAGCUCAACCACACUGGCAGUUCUGAUGUGGACCUCCAGGGCUGUGGAUUCCUGUCACUUCAAAUCAUGGGACCUUUGAUUGUACUCACUGGGUUGUGUUUCUUCGUGAUAGCUCAUGUUAAAAAGAAACAAAACUUAAAUCUCAACCAAGAAUCUUGCGAAAGUGAAGAACAUCCUCAGAGCCCUGAAUCUUUUCAGGUUACAGUAGGUGAUGCUGUAAUGGUAUUCCCACCUCCACCACCUCCUUAUUUUGCUGACCCUCUGUCACCAGCCAUGACACGUUGUCUUAUGUCAAGUGGUUUGCCUAGAAGUGAAAAUCCUCCACCAUACCACUCUAUCUUCAGCAGUGGAGCACAGCUUGCAGAUGAUGAAAGAACAGUUGUUAGAGACUACGAAACCAUAUAUACAAUUUCUGGAAGCAGCUCACCUUCAGAUAUUUUACCGAUGCUAUACGUCUCCUCUGAAUCACCUCCAAAAUAUGAAGAGAAAGCAUCAAUAACAAAUAAUGAAUAUUCUCCAUCUUCUUCUUCAUCUUCUUCAUCUAUUUCCUUAGCCCCAUCUGACACCAGCUCAUAGAGGACUGUCAGUU